AUGCAGUACACCAAGCUCCUCGCCGUUGCUGCCCUCCUGGUCCAGGCAGCUCUCUCCUUCCCAACCUCCAAAGCCACUCGCUCAUGUGCCUAUACCUGUGGCAGCAACUGCUAUACCAACAGCUCCGUCACCGCUGCCCAGGCGGAAGGCUACAAGCUGUACAAGUCCGGUAACACCAACGACGACUACCCGCACCAGUAUCACGACUACGAGGGAUUCAACUUCCCCGUCUCGGGCGAGUACUAUGAGUACCCUAUCAUGAGCUCUGGCGAAGUCUUUACGAGCGGCUCACCUGGUGCGGAUCGAGUUGUUUUCAACGGGCAGGAUGAGUUGGCUGGUCUGAUUACACAUACUGGAGCUAGCGGUGACGAUUUCAAGGAAUGCACUUCCUAA